AAGAAAACAAAAAAAAGUGCUAAAGACAAAGCACCAGAUGAAAAAAAAGAUGACAUAGAGAAGAUAAAGUCAUACCGGUACAUGGAAGGUACACCUGAGGAUGAUGUCUAUUUAAAGCGGUUGUACCCAAGGCAGAUAUAUGACGUGGAGAAAGCGAUUCACUUACUUAAGAAAUUUCAAAUUCUUGACUACACUUAUCCAAAGCAAGGUGUUUUUCUUGAUUUGACACUGGACAUGGCACUGGGAAAGAAGAAUCCAUCAGAGGUUAAAAUAGCAGAAGAAAAUGGAGCUGCUUUUGCAGGAGGAACUACUCUGAUUCAGAAGAUUUUGGAUGAUGAAAUUCAUGUAGACUUCUUUGUAGCUAUUCCAGAAAUAAUGCCUGAGCUUAAUCCAUUGAAGAAGAAACUGAAAAAAAGAUUUCCAAAGCAUACUCGAAAUUCCAUUGGCCGUGACAUCCCCAAAAUGCUUGAACUAUUUAAAAAUGGACAUGAAAUUAAGGUAGAUGAAGAAAGGGAGAACUUUCUCGAGACCAGGAUAGCAACAGUAA